AUGAGCCCAAAACUUCUUUUCUCCCCUGGAUUCCUCCUGCUGCUCAUUGUCAGUCAGAACCAAGUCAGAACCAGGCCCAUUUCCAACCUGCAGAGUCUGUCCAAAUUAUUAGAUGAGGAUCUGGAGCAUCCACUGGUCUCAGAAAUGACAGCCCAUGAGCAAAAUGACAUGAUUCCACCAGGUGCCUUUGACCAACAAGUGUCUGAGUUCCAGUGGACCCGAAACAUCAGGGACCAGCCUGAGGACAUAUCCGCUAGUGCCRACGCUGUCCAGAGGUUUUUCAGUGACUUCAUGGGUUUACCCCAGAGCUAUCGAGGCAGAAGCAAAAAGGGCCUAUCCAGAGGCUGUUUUGGAGUCAAGCUGGACAGAAUUGGGUCACUGAGUGGACUAGGAUGCUAACUGCUCACUAUGGACUGAUGCUGACAGCUCAAAGGACCUGGUGAUACUCAGUGAGAAGUUCAACCCUUACUCAUAUUGGCUCCACCAAUCCAUSUAUAGAUGAUGGGCAGAACAAAUUGCGC